AUGUCCUAUUCACGUUCUCCUCAAUUAUUAAUUUCAAGUGAAGCGUUAACUACAAUGGAUACGAAUACAAAUGUCACCAAUUCACUAUCUGCAUCAGUUAAUCCAACUGCUGUCCCAUGUGGACAAUGUAACAUAACUACAAAUACACAAAAUCCUUUAUCUAUUAAACAUAAUCUAUCUAAUAUUGGUUAUAAACCUCAAUUAAGUCAUAAUGUUAUAUCAAAACAACAAUCAUCACAUACAACUAGUAUAUCAUCAAUGAUAGAGACAAAUGUACAUGGUAAUCGUGGAAGUAUUAAUCAAUAUUCAUUGAAUGAAAUACAUACACUUCCAAGAGUAAUAGAACAACAAUCUACAACUAAUUAUCGACCAAUAUUGAUUAGUAAUACAUCAUCAACAAAUAUUGGUCAAUUAAAAGGUCAUACAAUAGCCAAUCAUAUUACAGGUAACAAUUUACCAAUUGGUAAUCUAACCUAUCAAAUGAUUGCAUAUCCACGUCAAGCUUUAAAUAUACAACAACAACAACAACAACAUGGGAAAAGCUCACAUACCAUAUCAACAGGCGGUACAGUUACUAAUAGUAAUAAUAAUAACAAUAAUAAUAGUGUAAUGUUAGCCGGUGUUAUUACUCCCGAGUGUUUAACAGCAGAUUCUAGUCAUAAUGCAGCACGUAUUGCUCAACUAUUAGCUCCAAGUGGAACACAUUCAACAACAGUGACACCAGCACAUAUUACCGGCAAUACUCAAUUCCUUGUUUACUAUCCACAACAUUUGAAUACUGGAGCAGUUAAAGUUCAUUCAAUAGCUGCUUGUCCACAGACAUUGUCUACAACAACGGUAACGCCAACAUUGUCAGCUCCAAUGACAGCGAUAACAACAACAACACUAUUGACGAACACAGUUCCAAGUGGUACUGGUACACCUACUAAUCUUAGUAGUAAUCACCCCACCCUAAUAUCAUGUAAGUCAACACCAUCAUCAACAUCUAUACAAAGUGAUGAUGGACAUUCACAACAGCCAACAACUGUCUAUUAUACAUUAGCUACAAAUGAUUUAAUACGUCAGCUUAAGCUAAGCCAUCAAGCUAUACAGAUUGAUUCGAAUACAUCACCAAGACAACAAAUUAUUCAAACACCUUCUGGUCUAAUGCUUAUUCAAUAUCCUCAACCACAGCAGCAGCAACAACAACAGCAGCAGCAGCAGUGUCCAACAACGGUGAAUACAGCUUUCCAACAACACCAACAACAUGGACAAAAUGAUAACACAUUAUCACGUAAUCUUAUGACAUCGAGUACCCUAUCAGCUAAACAUAAUGCUCAGAUAGGUGUAGUUGGUUGUACUACUGGCUCACUUAUUCCUGGGAAUGUGGAUUCAAAUACUCUACCACGUCAUGCACGUGUUGAACAUGUACAAGGAUCCAGUUUAAUAUGUACAUGUCCACCUGAAGUACAUCAAGCUAUAUUUGAACAACAAAAGAAACGUCAGCAAAAAUCAAUGGAACAAAAUCAAUCUGCAGCAGUAAUACUCGGUGGUAUAACUCCAUUCAGUAAAGUCGGCAGUACCAGUACGAAUACUACUACUACUGGUGUCAGUAGUACAUCACUUGAGAGUACUGAGUGUGGGACGGCUACUAUGUCGCGUAAUUCAACAAAUCUAGUCACUGGAGUUCCUAAAGAAAACGGAUUACUGACUAAAAAUAUCACAGACAAAUGUCAAGAUGAUGAAUUGAUUAAUCAGAGAAGAAAUUUCCCACCUUAUCAUCUUACAAAUUGUACAUUGAAUACAUUAAAAACUUCUGGUGUACAAUCGGAUUCAUUUAAAGAAGCAUUUGAACGUAUUGGUUUACAAGUGAAUAACAAUACAAAGUUAUCUUUACAGUCAUCUGAUUCUUUGAACAAGAAACAAGGAAUAUUAAAAACAAAACUCUAUGAAAUUGAAGAGAUAAAAAAAUCUAUCAAAUCAUUUUAUCAAAUAUUUACUGAAUUCAAUACAAACUGUAAUGAAAUUAUUAAAUUAUCAACAGAAUAUAAACGAAAAAGAUUUUUUGAUUUACACUUAGAAACAAUUUAUAAUGAACGUGAAUGUUUAAAUCAAUCAUUACAAGAAAUAUAUAAGAUUAGUUCAUCAAUAACUGAACAAUUAUAUGAUCUUGAGUGUAUUAUUGAACAAACAGGUAACGAUGUAUUACAGCAUCGUUGUAGAAUUACUCUACCAUAUGUACAAACAUUAGAGAGUAGAUUGGAAUCAAUUCAUUCAACUGUUAGUGUUACAUAUGGUCACUAUCCUGAAAUUCAACAGUUAUUGAAUAAUCGAGAAGAAUCAGAGAGAAAAGCUGUAGAAAUUCAAAAAAGGCUUCUCGAUGAACAAUUAUAUCAAUUAAAAGAUGUGAAUGAAAAAUGUAAACGUAUAAAAGGGACUAUAUUAACUCUAAAACGACUUGCUAUUGUUAAUGUACAAAAUCGUCAACGUUCUAAUUCACCAAGACGUUUUACACAUCUUGGUGGUUUUGUAAAUCGUGCAGCAGCUGAUCGAGGCAGUAUUGAACGAAGUCGUUUAUAUGCAGCUGUACAAACUAUUCAACCAGAUUCUGAGAAGAGAUUACAAGCUAUUAAAAAACAAGAGAUGUUGGCUAUUCAAAGAAGACGUGUUUUCUCAAAUGAAAAUAUCUCGACGAAUAAACUUUUUUUUACACCAAUAAUUGAUAAAAAAUUAUCAAAACAAAAGAUAAUGUAA